AUGGUAAGGACACUCUGGGCCUUAGCGCCCCUGUCUAUAGCAAUUCUUGUCACACAUGUCCACAGUGCCGAAGUUACAGUAGAAGCAAGUCUUGAUGCUCGACCUAAGGCCUUCGCUGCACCAACUGGCUUCAAUUCGAUUGAUGUUUCAGGGCAGACCAAAAAUUAUAUGAGUAAGAAUUUGAAAGAGUGUCUUUAUACAAUUUCAUUUCAGAAAUACCCGGAGGUUAUCGAGAUGGCUUCCAGAAAGUCAUCUUUGAUGAAAUUCCGCUAAAUGGUGUGCCAAGAAUUCGUAAGUUUUUCAUUGAACCUUUUUGUCCCAUAUCAACCUUUAAAUUAAAAAAAAUUUUUUCAGCCGACAUCCCUGAUGGCUUCGAUCGAUUCGGAGCUUAUGAUGAUGGAAAUGUCAUCACUGAUAUCACCAAAGAAGACUCGCUCUUUGUCCCAUUGCCUUAUCGAAGUGACAAGGAGAAACAGGCGGCCAAAGAAGAGGCAAAGAGAAUCAAGGAAGCCCAGAGGCUGCAGAACAGAGUCAACAUUCCUAGCUCCCCGAAUUCGGCCACCUUUAUUCCAAACAAACGCCCAUUGGUGGCCAAUGGAUUUCAGCCAAAUCAACAAGUCACUCUGCAGUAAGUCUUCGUCAGAUUUCUAGGGCUAUGUUAGUAUCAAAAACUUUAUCGUGAUGACUUUAUUUUAGGCCUCGUCCAGCUGUCCAGCAACCAGCUGCUCGUCCCCCUCCACCACUCAGUCCUCCACAAAUUCCUGUUCGCCGUCCAUUCAUUCAGCCUCCUCAGCAACCACCACGAGCUCCAUUCCAGCCACAGACCACUCAGUUUACUCAAAGAGUUACCCAAACUCCUCCAACCGCCCCAUUCAUCCCACAGUCUACUUUUGCACCUCCUCAGCAAUUCACUAUGGCCCCCAACUUCAUCUCGACUGUCGGAUUUCGAACUCCCGCUCAGUUCCGCACCUCACAAACGCCGCCUGCAUUCCGGUCAUUCUCAACUCAACAAACUGUCCAACAACAGUUCUUUACCACUCAAAGACCGACCUUUGUUUCCACCACUCCAGUCCAGCAACAAACUCCAUUCCGUCAGCUUCGGCCGUUCCGUCCACAACAGAAUCAAGAGCCCCGACAAGGAGAUGGAAUUCGAACUGGAAGUAAGUUGAGGGGUUAUCUGAUCUUAUGAGUUACGAGGAAUGGGCUGAUGACGAACAAGAUGGUCGUUGGUCGCUGAAAAGAUUGAAUAAGAAACGUGACAGAUUUUUUUGAAAAUUUAUGGGAAAAAAUGAUCUUGGGUCUUAAAAAAUUUCUAUAUGUCCUCUAGAACGCAAAAUUGCAAUAAACGGAGAGCAAAUUUCAGCUUGCCAUCAUACAAUUUACUACAAAUCCCGGGAUGUUUUGGUCAGUGAUGUCCAGCAACCCCUCACUCACUUUGCCGUCGUCGUAUCUGUCGAUCAAUGCGCUCGAACUUGCCAUGAAUUUAAUUGUGCAAGAGCUCUGUUUGAUCCCUCAAACAGGCACUGUCAGUUCAAUCCAUCAACCCUCUUCAGUCAGCGAGGAUUCUGCGAGCAAUGGCCCAACAAUGUCUACAGAAAUAAUGUCCCGUUGGGUCCAAGGCCGGUUGUUAUUGAGUGUGUGACCUGUCAACGUAAGUUUGAGCGGUUGGGAAGUUAAUAUUGACAUUCAGGACGUCGACGAAAUGGCAAUCCUUUCUUGAGACCGCAAAGACAGCAAAGUGGACGGGGACGGUUCCGCCCAGUCGUUGCUCAUCGGGUUCAUGGAGUCCUUUUGAGGUAAGGAAAACGUCUGAAAUAUUUUUGAUGAUAAGGGAAGUGCUGGGAGUGCGGCUGUCAGACUUUUCGUCAAGUCUGAGAAAUUUAAACUUUUUCUAUGAGGUAUAGAAGCAAUAAGCCUCAAUUUUAGUGAAAACACCACCGAUCCAGACACUCUUCUCCGCCGAGCCAUCGAAAAUGCCCAAGUUGAAGAGCUCGUCACUCUGAACGAAAACUCCCCUCAAGUCCCAGUUCGCUCAACUCUUGUCGAUCCAUCGGAAAAACUCUCUCCAAACGUUGAUGAGAACUUUGAGAACUUUGAAUUCGAUGAGAGAGUUGAAACCCCGGCAAUUCAAGUCCCAAGAAAAACUUUGGGAGUGAAAAUCUUGAGGUUAUCGGAUGAUAAGGCUCGGAUUUCAGCUGAUUCCGACUAA